GGCUGCAGCCGUUACUUCCCUGGAAUACUUACCGUACAGCAUGGACACCUCCCAGACCUGCCUGCUCGUGUGCUCCCUUCUGUGCACCGUACAGCUCGUUAGCGCGGCCAGACCGGGGAAGCAGCAGCAGCACCGGAGCUGUCCCGCCGCCUGCCUGUGUGAACAGGACGGGAUGAUGAUGCGAGUGGACUGCUCAGACCGGGGGCUCACUGCCGUGCCAGCUAACCUCAGCAUCUUCACGUCCUACCUAGAUCUCAGCAUGAACAACAUAACCAGGCUGCCCUCUGGCACCUUGCAUACCUUGCAUUAUCUUGAGGAACUACGUCUUGCAGGAAAUUACUUGACAUACAUUCCCAAGGGAGCUUUCGCUGGACUCAACAGUCUCAAAGUUCUGAUGUUGCAGAACAACCAGUUAAAGCAAGUUCCAAGUGAUGCUUUCCACAACCUUCGUAACCUUCAGUCUUUGCGAUUGGAUGCCAACCAUAUCAGCUAUGUGCCACCAUACUGCUUUAAUGGUCUGAAUUCACUUCGACACUUAUGGUUGGAUGAUAAUUCUCUGAAUGAAAUUCCAGUUAGGGCACUGGAAAGUUUAUCAGCUCUUCAGGCCAUGACACUGGCAUUAAACAAGAUUCACCACAUACCAGAUCAUGCAUUUAGGAACCUCUCCAGUCUUGUGGUCUUACAUCUCCAUAACAAUAGGAUCGACUCCCUGGGAAAGAAAUGCUUUGACGGGCUCCACAGUCUGGAGACUUUAGAUCUGAACUACAACAAUCUAGACGAGUUUCCUGCUGCUAUCAAAACCCUCAGGAACCUUAAAGAGCUGGGAUUCCAUAGCAACAAUAUCAGGGCUAUUCCUGAGCAUGCAUUUAUUGGGAACCCUUCACUUAUUACAAUCCACUUCUAUGACAACCCUAUUCAGCAUGUUGGAAGAUCUGCAUUUCAGCACUUGCCAGAGCUCCGGACUCUGAUCCUUAAUGGGGCUUCACAAAUUACAGAAUUUCCUGACCUCACUGGAACCACAAGCCUGGAAAGUCUAACCUUAACAGGGGCACAACUGGUCAGCCUCCCAGGUGUAAUCUGUGAUCAGCUGCCCAACCUUCAGAUGCUAGAUUUGUCAUAUAAUCUUAUCAAGGAUUUGCCCAGCUUCUCCGGGUGUCAACGACUUCAGAAGAUAGAUUUGCGUCAUAAUGAAAUCUAUGAAAUUAGAUCCAACACCUUUCAGCAGCUGACUGUCCUGAGAUCAUUGGACUUGGCCUGGAACAAGAUAAUAUAUGUUCAUCCUCACUCAUUUUCAUCUUUGCCUUCCCUUAUCAAAUUGGAUCUGUCCUCCAACCAUUUGACUUCAUUUCCUGUUACUGGUCUACAUGGUUUGACUCAUCUAAAAUUGACAGGAAAUACGGCUCUGCAAGAACUGAUUCCAUCAGAACAUUUCCCAAAGCUCAGGGUUAUGGAAAUGCCAUAUGCCUAUCAGUGCUGUGCCUUUGCAAUUUGUGAAAGUGUCUUCAAACAAUCAAGCCAGUGGAGCAAAGAUGACAACAGCAGUGUUGAUGAGUUUCCUCGAAAGGAUUUGGGAAUACCACAUCUGCAAGAUGAUCGGGACUUUGAUGAUUUUCUUCUCGAUUUUGAAGAGGAUAUAAAGCUCCUUCACGCCGUGCAGUGUACACCGUCUACAGGACCGUUUAAACCAUGUGACCACCUGUUUGGAAGCUGGCUGAUCCGUAUCGGAGUGUGGCUGAUCGUUCUCCUAGCUUUUAUUUGCAAUGCUUUGGUGAUUGCCACAGUCUUCAAACAUCUAUCUUAUAUUCCAUCCAUAAAGCUUCUAAUUGGCCUUAUAGCCAUUAUGAACACAUUGAUGGGCCUUUCCAGUGGGGUCCUGGCUACUGUUGAUGCUCUGACCUUUGGACAGUUUGCUCAGUAUGGGGCUUGGUGGGAAAACGGAGUUGGUUGUCAGAUAACUGGAUUUCUGUCCGUGUUUGCAGCAGAAACCUCCAUAUUCCUUCUCACUGUGGCUGCACUUGAGCGAGGACUUUCCACAAAAUGUUCUAAUAAGUUUGAAUCAAAAUCCUCAUUUAUAAUUGUCAAGUUGUCCAUAGGCUUUUGCUUUAUUCUUUCCUUGGUAAUCGCAGUAUCUCCACUGUUGAGUGGCAAUACAUAUGGGACCUCGCCAUUAUGUUUCCCACUGCUUUUUGGUGACCCCUCUUCUAUGGGCUUCAUGGUCGCUUUAGUCCUUUUGAACUCGCUAUGCUUCCUUGUUAUGACAGUUGCCUAUACGAAACUUUACUGCACGUUAGAAAAAGGCGAACUAGAAAAUGUGUGGGACUGCUCGAUGGUAAAGCAUAUAGCGUUGCUCCUCUUCACUAACUGCAUUCUCUACUGUCCGGUGGCCUUCUUGUCCUUUUCCUCCCUGUUAAAUCUUACUUUUAUUAGUCCAGAAGUGAUUAAAUCAAUUCUCCUGCUCAUUAUCCCAUUGCCUGCAUGUUUAAAUCCUCUGUUGUACAUUCUCUUCAAUCCGAAUUUCAAGGAGGAUAUUGGUGGUCUGAAAAGCACAGAUAUGCUGUGGAGCAGAUCUCGGCAAACUAGCCUGUCCUCUAUUAAUUCAGAAGAUGCUGAAAAACAAUCCUGUGAUUCUACGCAAGCCUUGGUGACCUUUGCAAGCUCCAGCAUUUCAUAUGAGUACCCAUCCAGCCCUUCAUCAUACCAGAUGACUGAAAACUGUACAUUAUCAACUGCAACCUAUGUGUCUUGUCACUGACAACAUGGCCACACGGUACUGGCUCCUGUACUCGAGACAUAAGCCUCUCUUUAUUCACUAUCAUUGGAGAAUAGUAUUGGUUUGUCUUUGCUGCAUCCAUAUGAAACCAAUCAGCUAUGGUAUUUCUUUUGGAUAUUGUCUGAAAGAUAAACCUUGGGAUUUAUCAUUAAUCUUUUACAGGGUUAUCUUGCCUUUCCAUCACAUCAUUUCCUCUAAUUAAACCAAAACUGAAUGCCCAGAACGUUGUCAAUAUACUCCCAGCUGCCAGGAUUUCAGUAUUCAUAACACAUAAAAUAUGCUGCAGAGCCACCUCCAUAUAGUAAACAGCUUGACUUUAAAUCUAUUACAUGCAGAUCUUACAAUCUAAUACACUGCACAGCUCAAUAUUUUGGAACACACAUGAUCUGUUUCCAACAAACCAUUCCUCUUUCACUGAUCAGCCAUUGCCACUUUUAAAGAAAGUCUAGAGAGACCGUUCAUCAAAGAGCCAACGAGAAGACACAAAGUCCUUAGUUGUCACACGUUUCCCUGAUGUUCAUAUGUGAUGGUUAUGCUUUGGAGAUCACGAAUCUUUCUUCUUGGAUUGAGAGACAAGGACUGCUGAUAUGUAUGUGCCCUAAUGGAAUUAACAAGUGUGUCAUGCUUCCACGAUAAUAAUGCUUGUGUCUUCUAACCUGCACUUAAUACAAUAAACUAAAGAAGUUGUUAGGCUGUCUCUGGUAUUGCAGCUCAGUCACAUUCAAGAAAAUGUAGUUGAGCUGCAAUUCCAGACAUAGCCCAUCAUCAAGAGUUUCUGAAAGAAAAUAAAAACACACCAUUUUUCAGUCUAAAUGUCCUUUACAACCAAUUAUUUGGAAGGAGUGUUCCUAGGAACUCUUGUUCCCGAUAACUGCCGUAAAGGUGGCGACGAUCACCCAGUGAGUGAAAGCAUAGCUGGUGUGGUCACCUAAAUCAUCAUUUCACUGUUUACUCAGGACAAACUACUGCCCUGAAACAUUGAUUAUGUGGACAAGCGAUCACAGAAGCGAUGUGGGCUUCUAAGACAGCAUUUUGAGUAGGUAAGAAAAGGACAUAGACAAUGAGAGGAUGAAUUUAUCCGCUAUUGCAGCUGAACAUAUAUUCACACUAAUGCACUUAGUGCCUUCAAACAUGGCAGAUUAUGUUGUAGAAAAUUUCUGCGACCGAAAAUGAGUUCCAUUUUUCUGAAUAUCCAUAUGCUUCCCACCAAAACAACCCCAAUCGGAUGAGUGGAGCUGAUUUUUGGUUGCAGACAUUUUCUGCCACAAAACCUGCCGAUUGUGAAGGCGCCUUCACUGUGCCAUGUGGAUACAAAUGAUCACUUAACCAUGGAGAAUAAACUAUGUUCUAUCUAGUCAUUUAUCCAUUAUUUGUACAUAUUUCUAUAUCACACUGAGUGUAUACAGAAACACAUUAUGUUCUCAAAAGUAAAGGUUAACACAUAAGGACUUCCUUUUGGAGAACUUUGAAUAUUGAAGUUACAAUCUUUCAUUUAGGACACAUAGGAUCACUGCUAUAUGAUGUACUUUUACUAGGUAAAAUCAACUAAUGGUGAACACCAUCAAGUGUAAAUGUUGACAAAAGACUGUUUUUCAUCUAAAGGAUAUGCUCACCUUUCUGUUGGCACCUCUCAUGCAGCAUUGUAUGUUGAGAACUGUAAUAUCGUGUCCAGAGAGGGAAAUACUAUUUAAAUGUGACCGGUCCUAUAUAGCUGCAUUGAAUAUUGUAUACUGUAUGAUUCAGGUUUUCAUUUCAUUGAAACAGCAUUAAACCUCACUCAGACAGGCAUGUUGUACCCAAGUUUAACAGUCCAUAUUCCAAGUGUAACACUCUGGGGGAGAUUUAUCAAACUUGUGUAAAGUACAACUGGCUUAGUUGUCCAUAGCAACCAAUCAGAUUUACCCGUUUCAUUUUUCAAAGGAGCUGUAAAACAUGAAAGGUGGAAUCUGAUCGGUUGCUAUGGGCAACUAAGCCAGUUCUUCUUUACACCAGUUUGAUAAAUCUCCCCCUCAGUCUCCUCAUGAUUCUACUGAACAAUAGUGAUCUAUGAUGCUGUAAGUCCAGUUCAGCAGAACCAUAGGACGUCCACAAGUUACACAUGGAAAAUAGACUGUUUAACACUGGAAAAUUAUGCCUUGAUCUUACACAAUACACUCCUGAGCACUUACAGUAAGCUGUUACAAUAUAUGGAUUGCAUAUUACAACUUGGUUGAACUUGACGGACUUAUGUCUAUUUUCAACCGUAUCAACUAUGUAACUUCCUAGUAAUUUGACUAUAAUGUUUUUUUACUUGUGUAUAAAACGUAAUCUGCAGUGUCUGCUGCCACAAAUGGCAGGCAUGGAUUGAAAUCAACAGACAAUGACUGUCCUGCCAUGUCUUCUUUUCACUACUCAGCAGCAAGCAUUGACCCCGCUGUUCACUGGUCUCCAUUAGACUCAAAACUAGGCAACCCCUCUAAAUAAUUACAUUCAGCGAUAAGCAGAUAUAUCCUAGCACUAACCCAACAGUCACAAUGCAAUGUUUUAGUGAAAUUGGGCAGAUCACUUAUCAACUCUUUUCAGAAAAUUUGGAAUGUAUCACUAUCCAAAAAAAAAAAAAAAAACGAGAUAAAGGGAUUAUAGGUCACAGAUGUUACAAUACAACUUUUUAUAACCAGGAUUUAUAUAUUGCUAUAUAUAGGGCUCUGAUAUUUUUUAAAAUAAAAACAGCCAUAUAACUGAAGCUGGCACAGGCCACAACAUCCAACCCAUUCUAUAUUUUAGUUAAUCCAUUAUGGGAGUGUUACGGUACAGUAUAGAAUGGUUCUGGACUUCAAGCAGUUACAAAUGUAAGGAUGACAGACUGAGGGGAUGAGGUUUGUGUUACUUCAUAUAUAAUAGGCCUAAAAUCACACAUUUAGGAAAUGGGGAAACAUUUAUGGGCAGAACAUUGUAUAAAAUCCAUAUAAAUAAACCUAAAAGCUCUCCUAUAAAUAGAAAUAAGGUUUUAUUUUUAUAAGCAUGUUUGGAAUAUUGUGAUUAGAUAUGCGUAACUUUGACAUGAGAAAACUUAAUUUUUAUGAGAUUUGUAAAUAUAGAUCUGUAUUUAUUACUUUGGCAAAGAUACAAUAACAUCAAAUGGUAUAAAGUGGAAACAGCUUCAACAUGUUUAUCCUGCUCAUUGGUUUUAUUGAGGUUGUUACCUGUAUAUACUGUAUAUAAAAGUCUAGUGUCUGUACAUAGGUAAUACCUGCUU